UCAGAUCGAGAGACCCGGGACGCCUGAUGGGGGGGCGGCUGUUUUCAGGAAGGCAAACCCUGCACCCACCCUUCGGAAGCAGCCGCCUCCGCGCCUUGCAGGCUCUCUCUCUCUUCCCCCUCCCUCCCGUUCUCCCAGGUCGCGACCUCUUGCUCGCCCUCCGGGGUCGGACCGGGCAGGCGGGAGGGGGGGAGAGUCGAGCCAACCUCUUCCCGCCCGAACCUGCGUUUGAAUCGCGGAGGCCCGCCCAGCAGUUCUGCUGCAGGUGGCCAAUCGGCAUGGGGAUGUCGCCGGCUUCUGCCCGGAGCUGGCCUCCGAUUGGUUGCGCCCGGGAAAAAGGCGGGGCGGCGAGAGAGAGAGAGAAUGAGAGCGAGAGCCGAGCGAGGGUGACAAUGUAUCCAAGCUCUGGGAGCGCAGGGCGAAAUCACAAACAAGCCCCCCGCGCCCAGGUGCCUGUCUGCACGGGUAUGCAGCCGGGCCAGGGCGAGACCCGUGCCGGAGACCGGCUCACUGGCGCGGCCGCCCGAGGAGACGUCGCCGAGGUGCGGCGGCUUCUGCAUCAGGAGCUGGUGCAGCCCGACUCGCGGAACCGCUUCGGCAAGACGGCGCUGCAGGUCAUGAUGUUUGGCAACAUCUUUGUGGCGCAGGAGUUGCUGAAGGAAGGUGCUCAUCCUAAUGUCCAAGAUGAAUCGGGCACAACCCCUGCCCACGAUGCCGCCCGCACGGGCUUCCUGGACACCCUGAAAAUCUUGGUGGAGUACGGCGCCGACGUCAACGUUCCUGACGCCUCUGGUUCGCUGCCCCUCCAUGUCGCUAUCUGGGAAGGCCAUGCCGAUGUCGUGUGCUUCCUGGCACCUCAGUCUAAGCUACAGCACCAGGACUCUCAAGGGCGUACACCGCUGGAGCUGGCACAACAGCUGGGCCUGUCUCACAUCCAGGGCAUCCUUGAGCAACACCUUUCUAUCCCAGGUUAACCUAGGGAGGAGGG